ACUAAUUUUGACGUGAUUUUGACGUUUAACGCCGUCAAUGGUAUUCCUUGUUCGUGAAACUAAAAUUGAUUUCUUUUAUGCCUUUGAUUUUGAAUUUUAUUAAAAUAUAAUUAAAAUGAAUGAAGAAUGAAACUUUAAUUCAAUAAUAACUGUGGUGUUAAUUCUAAAGACUCUAGUAAAUAUUACUUGUCUUGUAGCUAUACCGUAGGACUUGGGAGUAGGUUAUGGCUAAAGUACUUACGGCUCUUACAAGAAGUAUUGGCCGUCCUUAUUACGUAACAGUAAGUUUACGUUGCCUAAAAACCUCUUCAGUAAACAUGGAUAAGGCUCUAGAAAAUUUAAAAACGAAUCCUUACUAUGAGAAGUAUGCUGCGCGUAUCGCAGAUUUACAAAAAACUUCGCCUGAAGAGUUUAUGCAAAGGGUUGAACUUCAACAACAAUCUAAAGAAGAAGAGAAGAAGAAAAAGUUUGCUUCUGUCGAUACGAGACAAUUUUCUUCUGUGCUGAAUCCUAAACAAGCAUUGAAAGAAGUUUCUGACUCAAAUGAAAAAAAACUCAGUGAUAUAUUUAAGGUAGAACUUGUCAAAGAUAAAGAUGCCAAAGAGAUCCAAGAGAUUUGGGAAGAAUACCACAAGAGCAAAGAAGUAAUAUCAGCAACCAUUCCAAAAGAUAUAUACAGUAGCCUGCAACAACAAAUGCAACAGUGCCCCACUUUCCUCUUCCCUCUGCCAAGGUCUCAGGGUUACGAAUUCAUUAUGUGCCAGAACCAUGGGCAUACAGUACACUUCACACCUUUGCUUGCUUACCAGGUACAUAAAGAGAAUGCCCCCGAGUGCCUCACUAUAGUGCACUACACAGAGCUUGCUGACAAAGGACUUAUACUCAUGCGUGGUGAAUUUGAUAAGAAUGUGUUAGAUGGUCAAGAGGCUCAAUGUCUAGCAAAUCAGUUUCAAAUGUAUUAUAGUGGGAAAGAUGCUACUAAGUUACAGCUACUCAACACUUUCACCAAGAAUCCAGACACAUUCAAGCAUAUGGAUCUGAUUGCACAGUUAGAAAAUAUCGGCUUAUAAUAACCUGAUAAAUAAAAUACACUUGUUUUGUUUAAGAUA